CUCGACUAGGGUCCGGUCUCGUACCAAUAUAAAGACGCUGUCUCUCGCGCUCGUGUCCGCAGGUAGUCCGCCGCUUCCGCUGCUGUCGUUCUGCGCCUGCUCUGCGCUUUCCACCCGGCUGCUACCGCUGCUGGCGAUCCACGACGCUCAGAACUUACCAUCCAUCCUCACGUUUACCGUUGUUGCCUCGCCCGACUCGCGGCUGCCAAGUUCACGGUUUUCACGGGGUGCCAAUUGUCAAAUCAGAUAUCGCUCGAAGUUCUGCAAAGAUAACAUAGUCAGGCAAGAUGGCGGACGCAGUCGACUCUGAAGAAAGGCCACCGGAAGGUCAUGUUCCGUGGGUGCCAAUUGACUACAGAGCACCCACCUACUCGAGUGAUACCUAUCCGCGAUUUCCGCAGGAGCUGAUCGACUACAUAUGCGAGCUCCUCCGGUUGGAUCCUUUCACACUGACCAGGUGCCGCCUUGUUUGCCACGCUUGGUAUCAUGCUGCACUGCGCGUGUCCUGGUACUCCAGCCUCAGGUUGCAGACCCGAGAAGCCUUGGAUGACUGCGCAUACAUGCUCAUGUUGAAAAACAAUCGAUCAUACGGCAAAAAUUUUCGUUCCUUGCUGAUUCGAGACGACCCUCGAAAGCCACUCGCCCACAUCUGGCCAAUGCGCAUUCCCGGCAACCAGACCACAUGAUCUUUUCUUCCACUUCCUUUCCUAUUACACCAGCAUCAAAACUCUGGCAAUCACACGGUGCCAGUUUCGCAGUAUAGCAGACCUCCGUAGGAUCUCCACCGCACACC